AUGGUCCUCGCAGUACCCACCGCCAGCCUAGAGGGGAAGGUCGCCCUGGUAACCGGCGCCGGCCGCGGCAUCGGCAAGGGCGUUGCCCUGGAGCUCGCGCGCCGUGGCGCUUCUGUGGUGGUCAACUAUGUUUCGUCAGUGGGGCCUGCUCAGGAGGUGGUUAAGGAGAUCGAGUCGUACAACAACGGCGCGCGGGCGAUCGCCAUCCAGGCCGAUGUCUCCAAGGUGUCCGAGAUCAACCGGCUCUUUGCCGAGGCGAAGCAAGCGUUCGGUCGUCUCGACAUUGUCAUGUCCAACAGCGGUACGGAGUCGUGGGAUAAGACGGAAGAGAUCACCGAGGAGAAGUACGACCAUGUCUUUAACCUCAACGCGCGAGCCCAGUUCUUUGUCGGGCAGGCCGCCUUCAAGAACCUGGAGAACAACGGGCGUCUGAUCCUCAUGACGAGCAUUGCCGCCGGUCUGAUGGGUGUCAAAAACCACGCGCUGUAUAACAGCAGCAAAAUGGCCGUUAUCGGCAUGGUCAAGGCCUUCGCCACGGACUUUGGUGUCAGGGGGAUCACGGUGAACGGCGUCGCGCCCGGCGGUAUCAAGAGUGACAUGUUUACGCAGAAUGCGUGGCACUAUAUCCCGGGGGGUUCCCCUGACAUGCCGGCGGAGACGAUCGAGAAGCUCAUGGCGGACCACUGCCCUCUCGGGCGGUGUGCCGUGCCUGAGGACGUUGCGCGCGUCGUUGCCUUCUUGGCGAGCGAGGAUGGCGGUUGGGUCAAUGGUCAAGUCAUUACUAUUUCUGGUGGUUCUUCGCAGUAG